AGGUCUGCAGUUCUUUCUUCUGCCCGCUAGAUGUCGUGCAGCGUCUCGUUCCGGUAACAGGUUUGUAUUUGUGUUUCUACGGGAACCUGAAAAACACCAGGAGAAUGGAUCAUGAUCUGGUCUUUCAGGUGAAGAAAACUAAACCCAAGGCGUUUAAUUUAAACUCAAGGAACAUGCGUGAGCUUCCUAAAGGGGUUUUAGCGUUAACUUGGCUUUCGGGGAUUAGUUUAAACAACAACCGGCUGCUGAGUCUGCCAGAGGGUCUGCACUGCAUGCAGCAGUUGACAGAACUUAACCUGGGCAAUAACGCUUUUGAGGAGAUGCCACCGGUCCUGAAACAUCUUCACAGCCUGAAAAAGCUGCACUUGUUCCAUAAUCGGAUUUCCACAUUGCAUCCUGAGGUUCUGGAAAUCUGGUUUGCGGUGCAGGUCUGCAGUUCUUUCUUCUGCCCGCUAGAUGUCGUGCAGCGUCUCGUUCCGGUAACAGGUUUGUAUUUGUGUUUCUACGGGAACCUGAAAAACACCAGGAGAAUGGAUCAUGAUCUGGUCUUUCAGGUGAAGAAAACUAAACCCAAGGCGUUUAAUUUAAACUCAAGGAACAUGCGUGAGCUUCCUAAAGGGGUUUUAGCGUUAACUUGGCUUUCGGGGAUUAGUUUAAACAACAACCGGCUGCUGAGUCUGCCAGAGGGUCUGCACUGCAUGCAGCAGUUGACAGAACUUAACCUGGGCAAUAACGCUUUUGAGGAGAUGCCACCGGUCCUGAAACAUCUUCACAGCCUGAAAAAGCUGCACUUGUUCCGCAAUCGGAUUUCCACAUUGCAUCCUGAGGUUCUGGAAGGUCUUUCAAACCUUGUCGUUCUCAACCUGAACCACAACAAAAUCCGAAUCAUUCCUACAGCGAUAAAGAGCCUCUCGAAUCUGGAAAGGUUCAGUAUUGCGGACAAUCAGAUCGAAGAGAUUCCCGCCGAACUGGGGCUGGUCAGGAAGCUGACGGAAAUGGAUUUCACCCGCAACAGUCUGAGUGGAAUCCCGCACGAGUUGUACGAGCUAACACGUCUGAGGAAACUGAGCCUGGCCAGGAACGCUCUCGGAGAGUUACCAGAGGGAAUUCUUGGAUGGAAAAAUCUGCGGAUUUUCGAUGUCGCUGGAAAUCGACUGUCUGUGUUUCCAGCUGAUUUCCAGUUUCUUGAGCUGGAAGAGUUCUAUUUUGAGGGGAACAAUCUCAUUCGAUCUGAGCUCUUUAAAUCCACUCAAGAUGAGGAAGUUCUCCCAUUAAAGGAACACGCUGCCAGGUUCAUCUUGAAAGAACGUUUAAACAAGUCAUCCCUGGUCUCCAACGCUUUGCAGUUCCAUCCAGGUAUUCAGGCGAUGCUCUCUCGGUUCGGGAGGUGUGCAGUGUGCUUCGAGCCGUUUCUAACUACGUGGGUUGAGUGUGUGAGGUUCAUCAGCCUGAGAAAGGACAUGGGGAUAAAGAACUCUGGGGACGUUCCGGUCCGGGUGUUCCUGUGCUCCUAUUCCUGCUUUAACAAGAGCAGCUGCUCUUAUUACGUUGUCUGUAAAGUAAAGCCGUAAAAACUGUUCAAA